AUGAUCAAGGAAGCUAUUUCCACUUUAAAGGAAAGAAACGGAUCAUCGUAUGUAUCUCGUGUUGAACCAAACCACAACACCACCAACAAAAAAAAGAGUGUCUUUUUUUUUUAUUGAUACUAACACAAUUCCUACUCAGCCGUCAAGCCCUUAAGAAAUACGUUCAGAGCAACAAUGACAUUAAACUUGCCAAUUUCGACUCAUUGUUCAACACCGCCUUGAGAAAAGGUGUCGAGGCUGGCGAGUUCUUGCAGCCAAAAGGACCUUCAGGACCCGUUAAAUUGAACAAGGCGGAAAAAGUCGCCAAGGUGUCCAAGCCCAAGCCCAAGAAGGCAGCCUCUGCCUCGGGAGGCGCAAAGAAGACCGCCUCCAAAAAGACAGCCAAGGAUGAGGCCGGCGGCGCCCCUGCAAAGCCCAAGGAGAAGAAAGCUGCAUCCAGCAAGAGCCCAUCUACUAAGAAAGCCGACUCAGCCAAGAAAGCCGCUCCCAAGAAGGUCACCAAGCCAGCUUCUGCCAAAAAGGCCGCUGCCCCUAAAAAGGCUGCUGCUGGUGCAUCUUCUGACGCUGGUGCUCCUGCUGCUGCACCAAAGAAGGCCAAGAAGUGA